AUGCCAAAGGAAAAGAAGGAGCGAAUCGUUCUGCUCCCGCUCAUCCCCGCCGGGGGUAAUUGGAGCCCAGCUGUGGACAGCACAAUGGCAACGGACAAGCCGAGUACGGGUGAUGUUGCCACCGGUACCAGCCACCCCGCCACCACCAGCACGUCAGCAGCUGACAGCAAGAAUGUGGGAUACAAGGACAUUAUCAACCGCACCGUCUUUGCGAUUCUCAUGGCGUACGUUUUUCUUGGUUGGAUUUCUGUCGGUAUUCGCUUUGGUCUCUUCCUACUCUUCGUGAUUGAGAUCACCAUGUUCUACGAGGUAACCCGGAUCAACCAACGGGCACGCAAGGAGCGUCAGCUGCCGUCAGUGCUCUUCAUCAAGUGGUACUUCUUCGUUGUCUCCUACAUCUUCGUGAGUGUCUCUUGCAAUCGUGAACCACUGCAAAACACCUUUGCCUGGUUUGAAAAAGUGUACGACCUCCUUCCUUUCAUGUUCUUCUGUUGCGUCAUGCUGGGGCUGGUUAUCUUCGUGUUGAGCCUGCGCAAGGGAAUGUACCGCUACCAGUUCGUCCAGUUUACAUGGACGACAAUGAUGCUGAUGAUCUCUCAGGUGCAGUUUGCUGGAGAAAUGCGUAACAUGGUGCGCGGCAUGAUCUGGUUCCUGCUGCCAGUGAGCUGUGUCGUCAACAACGAUAUUUGGGCUUAUAUAUUCGGCAAGUGUUUCGGGCGAAAAAAGCUGCUGUCCUUGUCACCGAAGAAGACCGUGGAGGGGUUCCUCGGCGCGUUCCUCUUCACGGUCAUUUGGUCCUUCUGGUUCUGCGGCUUCCUGAGCUACUUUCCACAGAUGUACUGCCCCGCCGUGGGCUUCACCAACGCCGUCAACACCCAGUGCACCCGCAACCCCGUCUUCUUCCAGGAGGAGGUUGCCUUUCCGCAGUGGGUGCAGCAGGUCUCGGGGGGUAUGUUGAAGACCUUUCUCGUCUCGCCAGCACAGAAGCACGCCAUCGUGCUGGGGACGUUUGCGUCGCUCCUCGCCCCAUUUGGCGGCUUCUUCGCAAGCGGGCUGAAGCGCGCCUUCAAGCUCAAGGACUUCGGCGACCUCAUCCCCGGUCACGGCGGUAUGACGGACCGCAUGGACUGCCAGGGCCUCAUGGGCCUCUUCACGUACUGCUACCUCCGCACCUAUGUCUUUCACGAAGUCAAAUGCCCUGGUGCGAACGACAUUACGCGCUGCGCUCUUGGCAUGGACGCCAAGCACCGUCAGACCUUGGUGAGCCAGCUGUUACAGUCGCUGCAAGCAUAG